UAUUAUUGUUGCUGCUUUGCUUUUUGAGUGUUUCUUUGAUCCUAAGUUACUAAUUCUGACUCCAAUUAUAAAUCUUAAUGAGUUCCCCUACGGAAUUAAAAAAAACGAUAGCUAUCGUAUUUGUAGAUUGAUUCGAUAUUGCCAUUACGCGCAUGGCCGUUGUCUUUGUAUUCUUCAGAUUUAUAUUACCUGGAUAAUUUACAACUACAUGGCUCGGAUACUAUGGGUCUUCGUCUUCGUUAGUUGUGGUAUAAGUAGCAAGGAUCUUGCGCAGUAGUUGUAUUCCAUUCCUGGACCCUUGUCACUUCAUUUAUUUGAGGACUCAGGAUCAUAGCAUCGUAGAGUCUGGGGGCUCGUAUGCUCGCCAGUGCUAAACUCCAUGGAAUGGAAUCUAACUGCGCACGAUCCUCGCUACUCAGUCAUACCACAAAUAACGAAGACGAAGAUCCAUGAUUAUGUUGUUGUAAACGUUACCAAGAACCUGUAGAAGGGGAACCUUUCCCCAGAUCAUGAGUUAGUGUUUCCGAGGACAACAAUUCAAAGGAGCCGUCCUGUCGGUAUGAACUGUUGCUCAAGGACAUCAGCGUCAGAAAGUUCAGGACUACAGGCGAUAGACAUGACAUGACCGUCAGAGACAUGACAUGGUGAUGCUGAUGCUUCCGCUUCUCAG